UUCAGGCAUUUUAUUUAAAAAAAAAAAAAAAGAUUUCGCGCAGGAACAAAGAAACUAAAAAUAGAAAGAGAGAAGAAAGAGCGGAGGAGAGAAGGGAUGGCCCUUUCAGCGCCGGCUACUCCGUUUACGUAUGUGACGCAUUUUCUGGCAAUUGCGGGUUUGGUUUUGGUGCUUGUUUGGACUUUGCACUUUAGAGGUGGUUUCGCAUGGGAUGCUGAAAAUAAGAACCUUAUCUUCAAUCUCCACCCUUUUCUUAUGCUAGUUGGUUUUAUUGUCAUUGGUGGCGAAGCCAUUAUUAGUUACAAAUCACUUCCAUUUAGGAAAGACGUGAACAAAUUGAUACACCUUGUAUUGCAUGCAAUUGCAAUAAUACUUGGUAUUGUGGGUAUAUAUACGGCUUUCAAGUACCAUAACGAAAGUGGGAUUGCCAAUCUCUACAGUCUGCAUUCCUGGCUUGGAAUUGGGAUUAUUGUUCUCUAUUUUAUUCAGUGGCUAUAUGGGUUCGUGGUGUUCUUCUACCCAGGAGGAUCAGGUUCACUAAGAGGAGGGUCUCUUCCAUGGCAUGUGGUGUUCGGUAUUACAGUCUUUGCAUUAGCAGUUGGAAACGCAUCGUUGGGGUUAUUAGAGAAGUUGACAUUCCUCGAGAGCUCGGGAUUGGCUAAAUAUGGCUCGGAGGCUUUCCUUGUAAACUUCACUGCCAUUGUCACUAUACUAUUUGGAGUCUUUGUAAUAUUGUCGGUUCUUUCUGAGGGUCCAGCACAAGGAGACCAUAGCUACUCAGCAAUAUGAGAAAUAAUUGUUGGUGUUAUACAUUGCGUUUGGGAUUUUAAACUAGCUAGAACAACUGACAUGCUGGUUAGUUUACUAUAUGUAUUUGUAGCUGGACAUAAUCUUGUGAAUAUUUGUUAAUAAUUGUGGUGUUUAUUGGCAUUCCUAUUA